GGUGGACGGGCGGAGCGCUGGUCAGCGGGGGGAAGGACCCUGGUCACCGAGGGGGGAGAGCCCGCACCCCGCCGAGUGCUGGCAACCGGGAGAGAACGGGGCCCCGAGCGAGGAACCGGACUCUGGACCUGCCAUCCCAGGAACUAGCUGGGUAAAUCUUUGAUGUGUUGCCUUUAGAGCAAGUACAUCUUAUCUUUGGAAAUUGAAUGAAAAGUUUGUUAACUGCAAAUCGAUGCCAGAAACUGCAGCUGUACCGAUGUAAGCUGUUGGUUCCCAUUGACUGACACAGGUCCUCUCUGGGGCCUGGGCAACACUGGCACCAAGAUGCUGUUCUCACUGCGUGAGUUGGUACAAUGGUUGGGCUUUGCCACAUUUGAAAUGCUGUUGCAUCUGGCAGCUUUCCUGGUAUUUUCAGUGCUGCUGGCCGUGAAGGUGGACAACUUUGUGGGGCAGCUGGACUGGUGGUAUGUCUUCAUCCCACUUUUCACUGCUGAUGGGCUGAGUACCUACUUCACCAUGAUUGUAUCUAUCCGCCUGUUCCAGGAUGGUGAGAAACGCCUGGCUAUCAUGCGCCUCUUCUGGAUCCUGACUGUUCUUAGCCUCAAGUUUGUCUUUGAGAUACUGCUGUGCCAAAAGCUGGUCGAACAGAGCACCCACCUGUGGUAUGGCCUCAUCAUGUCACCGGUCUUCAUCCUCCUCCAGCUGUUGAUGAUACGAGCCUGCCGUGUCAACUGAGCCCUGAAACCACCUGCUCUGCCUUUCACGUUAAAGCCAACAGACUCCCAGAUAUACAAGUCCCAGGGAUGUUGGGUGAUGGUUGCAAGGAGGGGAAACUUGGGUUAAACGAAAGUUCUUGUCUCGGUGAUGUCACGAUGUGUUACUUUAUUAUGCACAGUACAGCCAGAUGAUGGAACUGGUGGCUGGCCUCUGUGAGGAGAAGCACAAAGAGCUCAGCAAGGAAACAAGUGGAAAGCAAGCAUACUUUGUGUUCAUGACUAACCUUCAGCUCCAGUGGCCAGGACAACCCUCGCGUGGUUGUGGGGUCCUGCCUCAUUGUUUUUUUUAAUCAGAGUCCACUGUCGGAAAGGAUGCAGUGAUUCCUCAAGACUGAGACGCUGUCCUCCGAAUGUUUUGAUGAAACUUCCAUCAGUGAAUGUCUCCACAGGUUUACUUUCACUGGUAUUUGGGAUGUUGCGUUUGGGAACUUAUCAUUCAAGUUUCCCAAAGGUUCAAAAUACAGUGGAGUUUUUUCUGUCCCACAAUUCUUACAGAAAUUUGGCUGAUAUAUUCGUUGGACCAGAAGUGAUGGAAAUAAUCCAGGCUGUUGUUAAAUUAAGUUUGGAAAUUAGUCCAGUUCCUCCUCUCUUUCUGUUUCUCCUUUUCCUAGUUGUUGUCCCAACAACAUCUGAUGGCUCCCUAUGCUAUGUUGUAUUACAACGUCACCUGGCUGGACUCCAGGAGAGUGUAAUAAAUAUUUUGUAAGCAAACAACCUUUUAUAGAUUGAGUUUCAAAUCUUUCAUCUGAAAACUACUUUUUAUUUCGAGUCACUGAGGGAUGGACUAGUAAUUUGUUUCCAUCCUAACAGAGCUCACAAUUAUAUAUCUGCAAUGGAGGCAUUUUAGUUACUUGUAUUAACGACUCAUGUUGCCCGUGUCGAGGGACCCUUCCAAUGUUUGCAGUUCAAAUACAGUCAAUCAGUUUGUUGUUGCCAGCAUAAUCAGCUUCCUGUGCUCUGGUGAGCUGAAGGUUUUAAGAUCGUUUGUUCAACCAUCUGUGUGUGUUGUGUGUCUGUUUAGUGAGGAAGGUGGUCAUCCUGAGGAGGGCUUGUUAGUUCUACUCUAUACCCUGAGAUGGGGUUUUCUCAGAUAGCUGCCACUUAUUGAUUUCUGUUGUCAUCCAAAAUUUACCUUUCUAGCACGCUUUUAAGGAGCUUCCGGGAUGGUUUGUUAUUUUCCACGUUAUCUGGAGAUUGACUAAGGUGCCUCUCCAAGAGCUGGCGAGAAGUAGUACAGUUAACAGCA